CACAACCACUAUAAAAAUGGCGGCCACCAUUCAGUGGUCAUUUUUGGGUAUCGUGGCCAUAUGCAUUAGCAGUCCAGGUAUAUUUUUAAGUUCGUGGCCCCGCCACAUUCAACCUUCAUACCGGGUUAGUUGUCAUUGGCGUUUGAGUUUUAGAUUUUUGUGCACCUUUUUUUGGUUUAAAAGUGUUUUCUUACUGAAAUCAUGCCAAAGGUUGUAUCAAGGAGCAUUGCUUGCUCAGACACCAAAGAUCAAGAAGAAUAUGGAGAUGAAAAGCCACUAAAUGUUUACUAUUGCCUCUGUGGACAAAUGACCCUUAUACUUGAUUGUUCAAUAGAAAAAUUGCCCCUAAGGAAAAGAGAUGGUGCCAGAGUACUAGAUGGCACAAGCCAUGCCCAUAAGAUUACAUGUGAUACAGAUGAAACCAUUUAUUUAAAGAGACCUGAAGGUAUCGAGAAACAGUUUAGGUUAAAAUGCAAAAAAUGUGGACUAUUACUUUAUUAUAAGCAUGAACCCCAAAGCCCUGUGAGCUUUAUUGUCAGAGGGUCACUCAUCACAUCUACAAAUGAAGGACCUAUUACAGAUAUUUACAACCAGGUGGCAGUUGAAAAACCAAAAAAAAUUAUGGUAACAAAACAUACCAAAAAUAUGGGAAAGUUCAGCUCUGUUACAGUUUCUACUAUAGAUGAAGAAGAAGAUGAAAUAGAGGCGCGAGAAGUGGCAGACAGUUACGCGAACAACGCGAGAAUUAUCGAAAAACAACUGGAACGGAAGGGCAUGAAUAAAAGGAAACUGGAACAAGGAAAAUCGCAGGAGAUUAAAAAAGUGCGAGGGACUUUAAUAGACAAAUAAGUUAAUUGUAUAUUAUUAUCUAUAUAUGUACACAUGUCAUUAAAGUAAUACGAAAAAACAA